CUCACAGCUUCUCUCCUGGGCUACAGAGCUCAGGACAGCCUGAGGAACCAUGUCCCCAUCCCAGUUUGUCCUCUUCUGCCUUGGGCUGUGCCUGGUGCAGGUGAUACAAGCUCAGAACGGCCUGCUCCCCAAGCCCUCCCUCCAGGCCAAGCCCAGCUCUCUUGUGCCCCUGGAGAAUCCAGUGACCAUCCGUUGCCAGGGACCCCCAGGCGUGGACUUGUACCGCCUGGAGGAACUGACAUCUGGGAUGUAUAAGAACCAGGCUGUCCUCCAUAUCUCGGCCAUGAAAGAAAGUUUCGCUGGAUGCUACCGUUGCUCCUACUGGAGUGGGACCCGCUGGUCUCCUCCCAGUGACCGGCUGGAGCUGGUGGCGACUGGAGCUUUUCCCAAGCCCUCACUCUCAGCCCAGCCCAGCCCGGUGGUGUCCCCAGGAGGGGACGUGACUCUACAGUGUCGGAGCGAUCUUAGUUUUGACCAAUUUGCUCUGUACAAGAAGGGGGACACGGGGCCCUACAAGGGACCUGAGAAGUGGUACCGGGCAGAUUUCCCCAUCAUCACCGUGACUGCUGCCCACAGUGGGACCUACCAAUGCUACGGCUUUUCCAGCACUUCUCCAUACUGUUGGUCAGCCCCCAGUGAUCCCCUGGAGCUUGUGGUGAGAGGGACCUCUGUGACGCCCAGCUGGUUACCCACAGAAGCACCUGCCCCUGUAACAGAGUCUUCUAGGAAUAUCACCAUCUUUCCAGAAGGGUCAAGCUCUCCAACUGGUCUCACCCACCAGUACUACACUAAAGGCAAUCUGGUCCGGAUAUGCCUUGGGGCUGUGAUUCUAAUACUUCUGGCAGGGCUCCUGGCAGAAGAUUGGUACAGCCGAAAGAAACCCCUGCUGCACCGGGUCAGAGCUGUCCACAGGCCACUCCCACCCCUCCCACAGACCCAGAAAGCACAGAGUUGUCAGGACGGGGGUCAACCAGAUGGUCAUAACCAUGGAUGCCACCGUUAGAACCCCAAGGCUUGGUUAUAUCUAAGAGAUAUGUCAUGGGCGUGAGGAGGGGACUUAAAGAGUGUGUGGCAUAUGACAGCAAAAGGAUAGAGGCUACAGCUGUGGAAAAGGAGGGCCAGGGUCUCUUUGGGAGUGCUCCUUCAAGGAGCUGUUGAGUCAAUGUCUACCGGGAGUGCCAA